UGGUUCGGUUUUAUAUGACUAAGCAAAGUGGUUUGGUCCUAAAGAUAAAUAUAAAUAGCCCCAACACCAAGUGUCAACACAUAUCAGCAAAACCAAAGUUGAGAUCAACAGAGAGAAAAUGGCCAAGGCAAUAAAACCCGUUUCCAUCUUCGUUUUCUUCUUCAUCUUCUUUUUGGUUAUCUCUGAGGUGCCGGAGAUACAAGCGCAGGAUAGCAAGUGCUUGAAAGAAUACGGUGGUGAUGUUGGUUUCGGCUUUUGUGCGCCUCGGAUAUUUCCAACGUUUUGUUACACAAGAUGCCGUGAGAACAAGGGGGCUAAAGGUGGAAGAUGCCUUUGGGGUGAAGGCGGUAAUGUUAAGUGCUUAUGCGACUUCUGCAACGAUCAACCUUAAUCACAGUUGAAUUUCUAAGCAAUCGCUAAUAUAUUAUGGCCGUAAACACCGUAUGUUUGAAUAUUUUGUUAUGUUCUUCCACAAGUUUUAGUCAUGGUUUGUGUGAUAAUGAAUGUUAAUGGUCUCCAAGUAAUAAUCUAAUAAUGUAAUAUGAAAUCAAGAAUAAUGAAAAGUACGACUUUCUUCGUUUAAUUU